AUGAACGCGGAGGGCCCGCCCGAGUUUCUGCUCGAAGCAUUCGCCGACCCUAACACGGUGCGGGAUGUUGUUCGCGGUAUUCUGCACACCAUAUUCUUUAUGCGUUUCUUCCAGUCCAUCCAGGCUGCCACAGCCACACGCGACUGUCUCGGGAUCGACCUCGCCUACGUUCCCGACUCCGCAAUCGAGACGCUGAUCGACCAGCGCGCAACAUCACUCGCACGACAACUAGACGCUGAGCGCCCAUCAGGAGGAGGUGGCCGCGGUCAGAUCACUGUUCAGUUCUUUGAGAAGAAGCGUCGUAAGGGGACCUGGUUCGGGGCCGACGAUGAGCUCUGCUGGGAGAGGUGGACCAUCAAAAUUACCGUCGCUGAACCCAAGACGGAGAGUGACCGUGCUAAGGUCCGGAAAGCAACCGAAACCACGCUCCGCUCUACCGUCUUCAAGAUCAUGACCUGUGUGACCGGCCACAUGGACCACAUCCCUCCCAUCACCGAAUCCAACGUCAACCCCUUCCCGUACCGCAUUUACAUUGGUAAUCCUCCAAGUAAUCAGCAAUCACCAUCAUCGCAACAAAAGGCUGCCACGGCUGCUGCUGGAGUCGGAGCUAGAGUCGACGCUGUAGCGGGUGGCUGGGCAAAGAAGAUGGGGAUCUAUUAG